UAUGAAAGUUUUGCAGUUCUUUGUUUUCAAAGAUAUAAGGAAGUAUGUUGGACUGAAAGACCUUUAUUUGAGAGAAAUGUUGAGCCAGAUAAUUCAUUUUGUGAACGAUAUUCAAAUAUUGGAAAACCAGCUUUAGAAGAAAUUGUUAAACAUUGGUUUUUUUUUGUCGAGGAAAUUAAAUCCAAAAUUAUUUGGAAAUCUUCAGAUAUAAAAAGCGUAAUGGAAGAAAUAUAUAAAAUAAUGAAUGAAUUUUCGCAUGAUGACAUUAUGAAAGGGUUGAUUAAAUUAAAAAUUAAUGAUUCUAACAAAAAAUUGUUCUUGAAUGGGGAUGAUCCAUUAGAUGGAAAAAGUUGGGUAGCAGGAAGGGAGCUUAUUUUUGGAAUACAAGAAGAUAUUAAAGAGGGAAUGUACAAAGUUAAAACAUGUUUAAUGCCAUAUAAAGAUUUAUUGUUGCUUGCUGGAGCUUAUGAGAUAAAUACAGAAGAGUUAGAGGAAUUAGAAAAGUUAGAAAAGUUAAAAAAGUCAGAAAAAAAUGCAAAAAUUGAUCAAAAAGAAAUAUUGGUCAAUGAUUUAUUGGACAAACUCAUAGCGCAAUCUAAUAAUGAAUAUCAUGAUGUUUUUUUCACUUUUGAUGAAGAAGAAGGAAGAAUUGGUGCUUGUAGAUACGUGCUUUCAGCCGCUUCGUCAUAUUUUAAAAGAAUGUUUUACAGUGGCUUAAUUGAAUCAUCAAGGGACGUAAUCGAGAUUUUAAUAAAAGGUAUUCAUCCAGAUACAUUUUGGAUAUUACUUCGAUGGUUAUAUGGACAAUCUUUUGAAGAUGCGGUAAAAUCUGUUUUACGCAAGCCAGAUGACUUUAAUACAGACCAAUAUUUAUCAUUUUUGGUUGAUCUUUUACAAGUAACUGACAUUUACGAUGUUGAAUCACUUAAAGAUAAGGUAGAAGAUACUAUUAUCAAAGGUCGAUAUAUUGGUGUGCGUAAUCUAUGUAAGAUUCUAAUAUCUUCAGAAGAAUGCAAUGCACAACAAUUAAAAAAUUACUAUAAAAAACAUAUUACUUCAAAUAGAAAUCUUAUCAAAGAGCAAUUAUUGAAACUUCAUACUAAUGCGGCAAAUGAUGUUGACCGAUCAGAUAUAUCACAAAUGUCUCAAUUGCUAGAACCAUUCUUAUCAGAUGAUGAGUAAAGGAAGAUAUUUGGCGUAAAUGCGUAAUUAUAGUUUACGUUUGAAGUUAGUGAAUCUGAAGAAUAUCGAUAAUUUUUUGAUCCUUUUUUAAUGAUUAAAUUUUAUUAUGUAAUUUUUUAUAAUACAAUUUUAUAUAUAAUUUUCGUAAAAAAAUUUUUU